GCCAGCGCCGCAGAGCCAGAGACAGAGAGGGAGACAGAGCAGCCAGAGAGGCAGAGUCAGAGCCCGCAGAGCGUCGAUUCACAUCGCGGACCGAGAGAAACACGCGGCACCCCGCACGCACGAAUAAGACGCGCUUAACCCGCACGGUGCACAGUCUCCGGCGCAACCUGCGGAUUUCUUUCCAAAACAGGAAGAAGAGCAUUCGCGCGCAGAGCCGUGGAGUCAUAUAAGAGCCCCGGCGCCACUCAUUGAGAAAUCACACGCACAGACGCAUGAAUGAUCGCGAGCGGAGCCAUCGAUCUGUGAAGGAAACCCGCGUCCGUCCCCAAGCGCACGGAGCGCACUGUAGGAUUUAGCUUUUAUUCCGCACUUCCGAUAUUUUUCUGCGGAAAAAAAACAUUUAAAAAAAAAAUCGUUGCUGCCUUCUCGCUGCAGCCAGAAACCUCUCCAAGAACCUCGCUUCUCCCAGAUCCUGUCCCCCACAACUCCUGCUUAUAAAUGCUCGACAAGCUCAGACCCGUCAUCCAGCUCGACUCCGUAAUGGCGAUAAGCAAGACCGUGUGCUGGCUGCGGGAGCAGCUGGAGACGCGCAGGGACGGGCUGCUGGUGAUGGACUGCCGGGCGCAGGAGCUCUACGAGUCGUCGCACGUCGACACGGCCAUCAACGUGGCCAUCCCGAGCCUCAUGCUGCGCCGCCUCAAGAAGGGCAACCUGCCCGUGCGCUCGCUGCUCUCCGACGGCGAGGACCGGGAGAAGUUCGUGCGCCGCUGCAAGACGGACACCAUCGUGCUGUACGACGAGUACAGCCGGGAGUGGAACGAGAACGUGGACGGCGGCUCGGUGCUGGGUCUGCUGCUGAGGAGGAUGAAGGACGAGGGCUACAAGGCCUAUUAUCUGGAGGGUGGCUUCAGUAAAUUCCAGGCCGAGUAUCCGGGUCUGUGCGAAACCAACCUGGACGGCACCUCCAACACCAGCUCCCCCACCGCGCAGGUGCUGGGCCUCGGCGGACUGCGGAUCAGCUCUGACUCCUCUGACAUCGAGUCGGACAUCGACCGGGAGCCGAGCAGCGCCACGGACUCGGACGGCAGCCCGCUGUCCAACCCGCAGCCCUGCUUCCCGGUGGAGAUCCUGCCGCACCUGUACCUGGGCUGCGCCAAAGACUCCACCAACCUGGACGUGCUGGAGGAGUACGGCAUCAAGUACAUCCUCAACGUGACCCCCAACCUGCCCAACCUCUUCGAGAACGCGGGGGAGUUUAAGUACAAGCAGAUCCCCAUCUCGGACCACUGGAGCCAGAACCUCUCGCAGUUCUUUCCGGAGGCCAUCGGCUUCAUCGGUGAGUAAAUCCCGCAGGGCUGAAUCCCUCCACCACCCCAAGUUCACGGGCUGGGCUGCCAGUAAUAAUGACCUCCAUUAGGGAUAAACAAGAAAAAUCAUGUCUUUAAAUUGUAAGAGAAAGGAAUGUAUUGAAAAAAAGUUGCUUGCUUGUUUUGUUUGGCCAGCAGUUCAAGAGCCAAACACAUGAUCAUAAUGACACACACACACAGAAAGCACAUUCAUCACAUUUGAGUAGCAGGAAGCGACUUUAUUAUUGGACUAAUCAUUUCAUGACGGUGUGAUUGUUCUGAACGAGGCGGGAAGCAGAUAGCCAUAAUCUGCCAUAACCAUAGUCUUUGAUGGCGUUGUCCAGCACAGAUUAGACGAGGUGUCCCCGGCUGUCUUAUCAGUGAGCAGAGGAGGACAGAGAAGUCUGCCGCCGAUGGCGGGCAGGCUGAAGUGCACCGUUGUACCAAUGGUUUGACUUCAGUAGAGGGAGAGGGGGGG